UCAGGCCACCGUGUUCCCUCCAAGCUAUUCACAGGUCUGCAGCGCUUCGCUCCACACACACACACACACUCACACACACACACGCACACACACUCACUCACUCUCACACACAUACUGGCUAUGAGCUAUUCUGAGCUGGAUCCUUCAUCCAUGGGAGAGCUGGAGUAAGUGCGGAAAAUUUCCAGAAAAUUCCCUCAAAAAUUCUGGAAGUCUAGUGACGGUUAAGGACUUAGAGUGACUUCACCAGCUCCUGAGAAAAGGUUUCUGGUGACAUGGGAAAACCCCCUUCAGAUCAAAUAUGUUGCUAAAUUUGACCAACGGGACUUGCCACAUCCCCCUGGAAACCGACUGUGAUGGUUUGACCUACAUCUACAGCCUGGCCUUCUCCCUGGGCCUGCCUGCCAACCUGCUCUCCCUGUGGGGACUGUACCAACUGGGCCGCCCUGGGGGAGGUGGCUGCCAGCUGGUGUACAUCCUCAACCUGCUGCUGUCGGACCUGCUGCAGCUGCUCACCCUGCCGCUGUGGAUCCUCUACCUGCAGAGGGGGCACCGAUGGGUGUACGGCUUGGCCGCGUGCCAGCUGGUGGGCUACGUGUUUUACGUCAACAUCUACGCCAGUGUGGUGUUCCUGUGUCUCAUCGCACUGGACCGCUGCCUGGCCAUCGUGUACCCGCUCAGCAGCAGGCGGUUCCGGAAGGUCCGGGUGGCGGCGCUGUCGGGGGUGGUGGUGUGGACCCUGACGUUCCUGUUCUGUCUCAACGGGCUGUACCCGUCCGUGUUCGAGCCCGAGAGAGGCCUGUGCUUGGAGCAGUACCCCGUCAGCCCCAGAUAUGCUGGGUUCAAGAUCGCCACGGUGGCCCUGGGGUUUCUUCUGCCCUGCUGCAUUCUGGGAUUCACCUCUGCCAGGAUCGGGGUCACCCUGCGCAACUCCCCGUCUGUCUCCGACCACGAGCGUCGCCGAAUCGUGGGGACCCUCGUCGUCAUCACUGUCAUCUUCAUCGUGGUCUUUGGGCCAUACCACCUGGUGGGGGGUUACCGUUUCGUGGCCCUGCUGCUCUCGGAGGACCCGUGCGACCUCGAGCGCUCCCUCUACCUCUGCUACCGGAUCUGCUACGGCCUCACCAGUCUCAACACCCUCCUGGACCCUCUCUUUUACAUUUUCCUGUGUCAAAACGCCCGCCUCGAGCUCCGCCGGUCCAUGCCCUGUCUGAGCAAGGGGCAGAACCAUGGGAAAGGGGUCCAGGUCAUGUCCAAGGUGAAGAUGAAGGUCGCCGGCGGUGGACGCAGCAGACAGCUGGACCAGAGCGACAGCGUGUAGGGCAACGGAUGAGAUGAGAUGAGAGACAGGUUGGGUCUCCUAUGGGCACUUGCUUAUCUGUGGAACGCACGGUGCGAAAGAACUGCAUGUGCAUGUGCAGGAUUUGCUAAUGACGGCAACUGGGGCCUUUAGGAACAAACCAGCGUUAUCAGUGUUUCUGGUAAUUGAUUCUAUCAAGCUGAGUCAUUACGACUGAGACGCAAAGACUUCAUUCCUGGCAUUGUAUUCUACAUGUGGGCAGGCUGCACUAAACAAACUUAUAAUGCACUUACUCUGCAGCUGUGCCAGUACACUGCUGGGGUGGAUUGUUGUGGGAGUGUGUGUGUGUGUGUGUGGGGGGGGGGGGGGUCUUUAUUUCACUUUCGGAUGAGAAUCAUUUCCUUAACAAUUUGAUUUCCGUGAGAAGGGAAUUAGUAAGUAAACUACACAAGAAUAUUUACUUUUCAUCACAAAGGUAGACUGGUAACCCCAGAGAUCACAGAUGUCUACAACAGAACUCGUGGGCGCCACCUGCAGCCUGUGAUAUGUACCUGCCAACUUCAGUGAACUAAAACCUUUACAAGUUAUAUGAAUAGGCUAUUUUAGUUUACAGUCAUCACAAAAUUGUAUGCCUAGAGCAUGACUCUUCAGAGAAUGUAUGUUUUGUAACAAAAACGAUAAACAAACUCUCAAACAGUAUUUAAAGAAUCAACAAAGAAAUACUAUCGCUGCCUCACAGCCUGUUCUGUGUGCACAUGGUAAAUUGAAGGGAGAGGACAAACGUUAACUUUGGAGAAGUUAGCCAGAAAUGUUAGCGUUGCUUACAGCAGAUUUGCAGUAGUUUCCCGGCCCACCGAUUCCAUCAUGGUGCAAAUAUUAUGUUUUUAUAUGUAGUAAACUAAACAAUAAAAGCCUAACUUCUUCAUCCUUUCUUUCGUUCUCGUAUCUGGUACAUUUCACAAACGCGUUAGGAUUUGUAUUGGUUAAUAAAAAAAACGACGCGACCUCCUGUUUGAAAUAUAUCUAUACACCAAUCUGAGUUGAGCUCUUUCUCCCCCACAAAACGAAAAAAAAGAAUAUGUCUGUAGUAAGGUUAGGUCUAUACAAAGUAAACCUAGUGAAGCGUAAUAAAUAGUUUAUAUCAUCAUAUUCUAACUUAGUAGGCUUUAAGGGAUAAUGGUCUACAUGGCGUUCGGGUAGCAGAAUUGAAUGCACACCAGUGUGUUACAAAUAAAAUGUCAACACAAAUGGAAACGUGUAAAUUACAGGAUUUACACAUUUAUUUGUUUCAUUAAAGCAAUGUGGUGUCUGGUUACCUUUACCCUGAUAUGCUAACCACACCAAAACUUUAUGAAUAAAUAGGGUCUGGCCACGCUCCAUUGGGGAUUGUUUCCAGUUGUUGCAAACCGUUGGACCAGCCUUUAACCAAGCAGCAUUGACCACUAUGGGAUUACUAUAGCAUAAGCAUACUGGACGUUUUGACUGCAUUCGAUACUUGGAAUUAAAACCGCUAGGGGGUGGUCUAAUCCAGCAAAAAAUCUAGAGGUCUCAGUAAUAUUUGGAGGUUGUGUGUAUGCGCACCGAAUUCAUUAGUAUCUGUAUAUGUUAUGCUCAUAUGUUGUCUUUUCGACAUUGUGCUUCUAAAAAAUGUGAGUGUUUAUGAGUAUGUGUGUCCAUAUAUCCUUGCAAGAGAACUGCUGUGUUCCUUCACUCCUGGGUGAACAAGACUGGAAUAAAGUGUAUCCUUCCAAUGCAAUAGGUUCACAUUGUCACAUUGCAUGUCAUGAUAUAUUUGUUCUCUAUUUCCUCUCUAAACAGAACCUUACAUUGUCUCUUUCUGAUUUUUCACUCUCGUUCUCAAAUCAUAAUUAAGGCAUCUUCACUUCAAAUUGUAACACGUUGCUGCCCCCUAUUGGGCGUACAUGUGCAUUACAGAGUCUGGAAUCUCAA